AUGACCCUCAACCCUUCGCCCACCGAGGAAUCCCCGCUUCUGAGCGAGACAAGACGAGAUCCCAAGAAGACGACGACGACGACGGGAAGGGGAAGAUGGUGGACUGCUCGUCUUCAGGUCACAAGCCCCCGGGGCAUCGUGUUGAUUCUCGCCUCGUCGCUCGUCACCAUUUCCACCGCCGGCGCACUGGUCGUCGUGCCGACGAUGCGCAUCCUGGAAGAUAUCCUCUGCCACCGCUUCUACGGCGAUGCCCGCGGGGGAGGAGAUGCUGGUGGUGAAAUUGACGAGCGCCUCUGCAAGGUGGACUCGGUGCAGUCGGAGCUGGCUCUCCUGAAUGGACUCAUCACCACCCUCGAGGCUGCGGUCGGAUUCGCGUUUGCGUUCCCAUAUGGCAUUCUGGCUGAUAAAAUUGGCCGGAAACCGGUCUUCCUGCUGGCUAUGCUCGGUGUGACGCUCACUAUGAUUAUGAACUUUUCAGUGCUCCGCUUUUGGCGAACGAUCCCGGUGCACCUCAUCAUAUUUACCUCGCUCUUUGAAGUCAUCGGUGGCGGAUCGCCUGUAACCCUAGCUGUCAUCUACAGUAUAGCAGCUGAUGUUGAACUGCCCGCCGAUAGGGCAUCUGCAUUCUUUCUCAUGGCACUCGCGGCUCUCCUCGGAAGUCUCAUAGGGCCUCCCGUAUCCUCAAGACUUAUGGAGACCUCUUCGCCCUGGGUCCCCCUCCUCAUGGCACUGGCGCUAUUACCAGUUGGGACGAGUCUGAUAUUCUUCAUCCCAGAAACUCUGAAGGCGAAGGCGGAUGCCGACGAAGACGUGCCAGAAGGUCAAUCUUCCCUAUCGGGGCUGAAGACGCACCUCAAGAACACCGUGGCACAGCUCCUCGAAUCCUUCACGAUGCUAAGAUCCCGUUCCCUGGCCAUAAUCAUAGUGACGUUCGUUGCCUCGUACCCCCUCGUUAUUGGGAAGACCCAAUUCUUCCUCCAGUACUUCAGCAAGCGGUUCGGCUGGUCGCUGGCCCAAACCGGAUACCUCCUCUCCAUCCGCGGCCUCGUCAGCGUAUUCGUCCUCCUGGUCGCCCUGCCGGGCCUCUCCAAGCUCCUCCUCUCCCCGCGACUCCCGUUCCGGUUUCCCGCCGCGAAGAAAGAUCUCGUCCUCGUGCAGUCCUCGGCAGCGCUUGCCAUGGCCGGGAUGCUGCUCCUCGGAACGCCCGCCACGCCGACGGUGUUCAUGGGCAUCGGCGUGGCCACGCUCGGGGACGGCCUCGCACCGCUAUGUCGCGCGCUCCUCCCCGCCUUCAUCGACCCGCAGCAUACUUCGCGGAUCUACACGCUGGUGGGCAUGGUGGAAGCCAUCGGGACCAUGUUUGCCGGGCCGGCGCUCGCGUAUUUCUUCACGCUGGGCAUGAAGCUGGGGGGACCAUGGCUUGGAUUGCCGUACUUCUGGCUCGCCUCCAUCUGUGCUCUGGUCGGUGUGGCGUUUGGCUUUGUAGAUCUGGCGACGGCCGUUCGGAAGGAGCCGGCGGAGGAGGAGCGGGAGGAGCGGGAGGAGCGGGGGGAGCGGGGGGAACCGGUCCCGGAUGGAGACCGUGAGGCUGUGUGA